CCUACGGACCCAGUCCCUGGAAUGGUAUUACAAUAAUGUGAAAAGUCGCUUCAAGCGUUUUGGUAGUGCCAAAGUCCUGAAGAAUUUAUACAGAAAACAUAGACUGGAGAGUGGUGCUUGUUCUGAAAUAAUAGAAGGAAGCUUUUUUGAAGGAAGCAUAGAAAAUGAAGGGAGCAUUUGUGGCAGUGACUCUACAUUCUACAGACAGACAGAAGGACAUAGUAUGAUGGACACCCUAGCUGUGGCCUUACGUGUGGCAGAAGAAGCAGUAGAAGAAGCCAUUUCCAAGGCAGAGACAUAUGGUGAAAGCCUGGACAAACAGAACGAGGCUUGUUAUUUACGGGAACAUAAGGAGGAACUGAUUGAAGAGCUUGCCACUACCAUAGUGCAGAAGAUUAUAAGAAAGCAAAAAAGUAAAGCUGAGCAGGCGGAGGCUGAUUUUGAUUGGCCACAGUCCAGAAGCAGCGGUCUGGCAUCUGUUGCUGUUUCAGAUCAGAGCAUGCUGACUUUUCCAGGCAGUCGCAGGGGAUCCUACACAUUAUGGAGGUCUCAGUCUGCAUUCUCACUGACUAGUGAAGAUACACCAAGCAAAGAUCUGGACCUAGCGUCGUCUAUGCCUGAGAUUCUUUGGAGGCAGCAGAAAGGCCUAGUCAGGACACAGAGGGAACACAAACUGUCUGCGUUACCUAGCUGGAAAAGUGUGGACAGACUGAAUGAAACAAGUCCACCUCCUGUUUUACAAAGCACUGAUGGUAACUGGGUGGCUUUGCAGAGCAUUAUGUUGCCUCGCCCUCGAAUGCUUGCCAAACCAAAGAGCCAAGUAUUCAAAGCUUUGGAGAAUGAAUCUAGUGUUGUGUCUGCUUAUGACGAGAUGGGCUCGGACAGCGAGGACGACUAUGACUGGAAUGUGGCCUUGAACAAGCUGCGUCUUAGGCCCAAGCAGUUGUCCGAGGAGUCUUAUUAUACUGAUUCCCAGUACAAUACUGAAUGGGCUUAUGGCAGUGAUCCGUACCAUCCAGUAACCUCACCUUCCUCUGGGCUAUACACCAAUACAGAGACGGUGUACUCUGAUUCUGAAACAUCUUCAGUAAAUUCCUCAAGGGAGGCUAGAGAAUCUAGCAAACUUCCCUGGCUACAAAGGAGAACUCAGAAUGACAAACCCAUAGUGGAAAAAGCACAUUUACAUGGAGAACUGGAUGUAAAUUUCAAUCCACAGGCUGACAGUUUAGAGUAUUCAGAUAGCAGUGAGACUGAGGAAGUCCAUUAUGAUUUAGAAAAGAGGUCUAAAAGGUGGAGAAAGAGCAAAAUUGUCUCUGAAGAAUUAAGUGAAGGAAAAAAUCACACAAAAACCCACAGGAAGAAUUUGAGCACAAAUCAGGUUUCUGAGGAUUUAUCAGAAGCUGAUAUAAGCAGUGAGGAUCAACACCAUAAAAUCCAGACAGACCUUGUUGAAGAAAAGCUUAAAUCCGAGUUAUUUGAACUAGCUGCUAAAAUGAGUGACAAGGAAACUUCUUCUGGUGAAGAGCAGGAGUCAGAGCCUAGAACAGAAUCGGAGACCCAGAAGGAAAGUUUGUCCUCGGAAGAAAAUGGCAAAAACAUUCAGGAGGAGUUGAAGAAGAAGUACUCUGCUGUCUCUCUCUGCAACAUAUCUACAGAGGUCCUAAGAGUCAUCAAUGCCACAGAGGAACUGAUAGCAGAAUCCACCGGUCCCUGUGAUUUCCCAGCAGAUGACAGCAGGAGAGGGGCAUUUCCAUUAGGUACAGACCCUGUCAGACUCGAUGAGCAGCUCACCACCUUGGAAGAAAAUGUGUACCUGACAGCAGGCACUGUGUACGGGUUAGAGGGUCAGCUGAAUGAAUUAGAGGAUGCAGCACGCAAAAUCAACAGUGUUACAGCAGAAUCGGAACUAGCGGAUCUGGAGGAUCAAGUAGCAACAGCAGCAGCACAGGUUCAUCAUGCAGAGCUUCAGAUUUCAGAUAUCGAGAGCAGAAUUUCAGCUCUCAGUGUUGCAGGCUUGAACGUGGCUCCAUGUGUUCACCUGACAAGAAAACGGGAUCAAAAGCAAAUGAAGCAGAUGCAAACAAUAGACACAUCAAGACAGCAGAGGAGAAAGCUUCCAGCUCCACCAGUAAAAGGUGAAAAUAUUGAUGCUUCUCCAGUUACUCCUGUUAGAACAUUUAACAGAAACUUUAUGCUCCAAGGAUCUCUAACACAAAGAACUAAAGAGAGAAAAAGCACUGCCAAGGACUUGAUGGAACCAACUAUAGGAUCUGCUGUAAUGUACUAGACUUACAAAACUACUGCCAAUAACAUACUGCCUAAGGCUGUACACUAUAGUGCCUUUAUUUAACAGCCAUUGUAUAUGUCCAAUAGAAACGGACCCUUGAGAACCCACAAUGCCUCAGUAAUAGGGCUUUGUUUGGAUACCUCACUGAGAAAGCUGUCCAGCAUUGUGGUCUGCUAAUGGAAACUCUGCCUUAAAGUUUUCAUGAGACUCCAGAAAGGAUACUGAGUUUCAUAAGCAAGGCUCCAUGUUUUAAGAUGCACUUUUUUCCCCCCAUUGAUUGUACUAAAGUAUAUUGUCUUUAAAAUACAAUAUGUUUUUGUAUACUUAAUUUAACCAUAAUUGUUGGUCAAUAUUUCAUGUGAAGAGAAAGAUCAAAAACAAACCUGUGAUCCAUAUUUGCUGGCACGUUUGAAACUGAGUUCAGUGUUUACAGAUCAGUCCCAAUAUCAUUUUCUAAAAGACCCUCUGUAUGCUGAUAGCGUAACUUUGUCUGAGUUAUUAUUCUAUCUCCAGACCUGGGCUGUUUGGAUGCUAAAGGAGCAGUUUACAUUUGCGAUAGGCUGGCACAUUCCACCAUACUGUGGUGGGGGAUGAGCAUGUAUCAUGUCUACAAAAAGAUAAAUUCUGAGUCAUUAUUUUGGCUUCUGAAAACUAUUGCAAAAUCAACCCCUUGCACCUCUAUGCUUAGAAGCAUAAUCCAUUUUAGGCAGUGUCCUAAAUAUUUGUUACACUCAGCAGGUGAAUCUCUGAAUUAAUCUUAUCAAAUGUUUAAGAUUACAAAAUUAGAAUAAAACAAUGCUGGGUGUUGGAUAUUGUUCAAAGAAAGUGCUUCCUGAAACGUAUUUUUAAGCAUUAAGGGCUAGUUAUAAAAGGCCCUUGUACGAGUGCUACGAGGGCCACCUCUCUUUGCGUGGAAGGGCCUUUCAGAAUUGUAGUCUCUUUGCUCUGAGGAGCGCUGGGACUGCUCUCCCCUGUAAUCUAAAGGAAGCAAAGAGGAGAUGGGGCCAUGGUUCUUCCCCCUUCCAUGCUGACCCCCAGAGCAGGAUCAGUUCACUGAGGGUGCUGAGCCGCACACCAUACAGGAGUGUAGCAACAGACAUGCUCUCCCUGUAUCCCAGAAUGCCUCCUGAAGCUGCACUAGGGGUAGCACCUCUUUGUACUGACCACCAGUGGGCAGUACAGAACCCUAAGGAGCGAUUAGUGUAUUUAACCACAGAGGUUUAGAAAUAAAUUUUAAAAUAUGCAGUAAUUUAAAAGUUGGGGACAUUAAACAGCUUCUGACUGAUUCAAAAAAUGAUGGUCAACAUGUUCAAAUUUGGGUGCCUCCAUUUAGGCACCUUGAGCUACAUUUAGGCUACCUACAGAAGAGCAGCCUGGUUGUCAGAAAUGCUGAGCGUUCGCAGCUCCCAUGUCUUCCUUAGUAACUGCGGAUGCUCAGCACUACUGAAAAUUGGACAUAUGUUGUAGGUAGCCAUUUUGGCAGUUCAGGCCUGUGUAUCAAAGAGAUGGAAUAGUUUUAGUUUAGCAAGAUCUGAUCAGUAGGCUUGGAUUCUGCACUACUAAAAGUAAGGAGCGGGUCAGAUCCAGCUUCCAUUUUGUCCAAGCCCACCCAGACCUGGUCAAAGUAGCCAGAUAAAUGGGUCCGGUGUGAACUUCCAUCCAAAUUUGAAGUCUCCUCACCAGUGCAAUUGGAUCAUCCGAUUAUUUGAAAAUAAUUGGGUCCAAUUAAAAGCAUAGGGCCAUAUCCCCUACUGGUGGAAAUCCCUGUAGUUCCAUUGAUAUUGGUGGAAUUAUGGUGAUUUACACCAGUUGAAGAUCCAGCCCAGGAUGGUCAUUCUGAGCUAAAUUAUGCCUUGUAUUAUUUUCUUGCAGACCUCAUUAUCUUCAAUUUGUUUGCACAAGUCUGAGGACAGAACUUGGUCCAGUAUGUUUAAAAAUAGAGUGUUUGUGUAUAUAUACACACACCAUCUAAUGAAGACAAUUAAACAGAGUAGGAUGCCUAAUACAUUUUUCAAUCUCCAUCCAGUAGACUGUUCUCUUAUGUGUGUACAAUACAUUCCCAGAUUUUUGUUUAUGCAAGUAUGCAUGUCAUGAAAUGUCACUAAUAGUGGUCAGUUUACAUAUUUGUCUAAUAAUAAGCUAAUACUGUGUAUGUAAUAUCAAUUCAGAAAUGACUGAUUUUAAUAGAUUAAUGGCUUUUGUUCUGUUAGUGUGAUUUCAAAAACAGACUUUGGAGUAGGAUGUUUUCCAUAAGAGGCAUGAAAAGCAACUACUGUUAUUACAGUGUUAAGUCGUCUUUGACAAAAAUGUGUAUUGUGUAGAUAUUGCUAAACAAAAAACAAAACAAACUCUGCCCCACCUCGCUACAUGGUAUUUGCAUUUUUACAGAUUUACUUGUGCCAAAUAUGUGCAAAGAUUUAAUUUACCGUGUUAAAAAAAUCAUAAAAACAUGUUAUAGCACACACAGAAUGAUUUUGUCAUCAAGUGAUUUCAACCUUUAGUGUUAAUAUUUAUAUUUAGAUUAAUUUUUAUAAAUGAAAAUAUUUUAAUGGUUAAAAAAAUAAGACUACAUAAUGAUCUGUUUGAUUAAGUCUGAGUGAAAGUAAAGCUUGCCUUGUUGUUGUUAUCUGCGUAUUCACCAGGAAUUAUUGUUAAGCGAAAUUAUGAGUAAAAGCAAUUUAUGCAAAAGAAUGCCUUUUCAGGGACCUGAGUCAUAAAGAAAAAAGAAAAUAAAUCUCCUGUUGUUUGGA